AUGGAUCACAUGAGCAUGUCAACAACGACGUGUAACUCGUCGAUGUUAUGGAACUGGUACACAAUAGACUCGUGCUUCCUCGCCGAAUCAUGGCACGUCGGCAGCAACGGCGCCUUCGCAGCCUCGUGCAUCGGCACCAUCCUGCUGGUCGUGAUCCUCGAGGCGCUCCGGCGGGUGGGCAAGGAGUACGACGACUGGAUCCUGCGCGGGUUCCAGGCGCGCGCCGCGCAGGCCAGGCUGGGGUACUCGCAGCCGCAGCCGCAGCGGCCGCAGCCCUCGCCCUCGCCCUCGUCUUCGUCGUCCUCGGCGACGGGCAGCCCGUCGAAAGGGGCCACGGCAAAGGUCACCCCUGCCUCCGCCGCCUGGAAGAGGCUAGGCGGCGCAGGUACUGCUGCGGGCGCGGGCGGCGGGGUGGGUGGUGCCGGGAGGGCGGUCGUCUUCCGCGUGAGCCCGCUGCAGCAGCUCUUCCGCGCCGUCAUCCACGCCGCCGCCCUGGGGCUGGCGUAUAUCGUCAUGUUGCUGGUCAUGUCGUACAACGGGUACAUCAUCAUCUGUGUCAUCAUCGGCGGGGGGCUGGGCAAGUUCUUCUGUGACUGGAUGACGCGCCAGUACAUCAUCGACGGGGACGGCUCGGGCGAGGAGGAGGGCGCAGCAGGGAUCGAGGAGCCCAGUGUGUGCUGCAGCUGA